GCCAUGAGCGACAAGGGGGAGCUCGACCUGACCGGCGCCAAGCAGAACACCGGCAUGUGGCUGGUCAAGGUCCCGAAAUACUUGUCUCAGCAGUGGAAUAAAGCUUCAGGGAGGGGCGAAGUAGGGAAGCUGCGCAUCAGCAAAAAUCAAGGAAGAACAGAAGUAUCUUUCACUUUGAACGAAGAUCUUGCAAACAUCGAUGAUAUUGGUGGGAAGCCGACUUCUGUCAGCGCGCCCAGAGAACACCCGUUUCUUUUGCAAAACGUAGGAGGACAAACUUUAACUGUGUUUACAGAGAGCUCCGUAGAGUACCAGACAGAUGAAAAAUCGGAGAGCAGCAAUACUGAGAAACUGUCUUUGGAAGGAAUCGUGGUCCAGCGUGCAGAGUGCCGGCCUGCAGCCAGUGAAAACUAUAUGAAACUGAAAAGGUUGCAAAUAGAAGAAUCUUCCAAACCUGUAAGCUGGACCAAGCAGCUGGAUAAAGCUGUAACCACCAAUUACAAACCUGUGGCUAACCAUCAGUAUAAUAUUGAGUAUGAAAAGAAGAAGAAAGAAGAUGGGAAACGGGCCCGAGCUGAGAAGCAGCAAGUGUUGGACAUGCUUUUUUCAGCUUUUGAAAAACACCAAUAUUACAAUAUUAAAGAUUUGGUGGACAUCACCAAACAACCAGUGAUCUACUUGAAAGAAAUCUUAAGAGAAAUAGGCAUCUACAAUGUUAAGGGGACGCACAAGAACACGUGGGAGCUGAAGCCAGAAUAUAGACAUUACCAGGGUGAAGAUAAGAGUGACUAACAGGACGGCGCAGCCAG